GGAGGAGAAGGAGGGCGGUGUUUUCCUGCGCGGCGCCGCGGCCGUCGCCCCGCCGCCGGCGAGCGUCAGGCGGGGGGGGGGGGGCCUGGCCCGGCCCUUCCCGUGGCCCCCGCGCCCCGAGGAUGGCAGCGCUGCCCGCACGAGUGGCUGGCGGCGGUGUCCCUCCUCUUUUUUUUUCCGGCAGCGGCGGCGGCGGCGGCAGCGGCGGCGGAUCAUUGUUGUGUGGGAGGAGGGCGGCGGGGAUGGACUUGAUCUCUCGGGUCUCCUGCUAAGGCGGCAGCACAGCGCGCCCCGCCGCCCAGCCAGCGCCGCGCCGGGCAGGGAGGGACCGGACCGGCCCGGCCCCCCGCCCGCUCCCGGCUCUUUAUUUUUAGGGGGCUCUGCUGCUUCUCUCCCUCUCCCUUAUCUCCCCCCCCACCCCCUCCCCGCCCGCACACACGCACAGGGACACGCACGCACCCUCCUCCGGUGCCCUUUCAUCCUUCCCCCCCGCCGUCCUCCCGCACUGUCUCCUGCCGCGGCAGAUGCGCCGCGGGUCACCGCGCAGCUGGGACUAUGGUGAAAUUUCCAGCGCUCACUAACUACUGGCCCCUGAUCCGGUUCCUGGUCCCUCUCGGCAUCACCAACAUCGCCAUCGACUUCGGGGAGCAGGCAUUGAACAGGGGCAUUGCUGCUGUCAAGGAAGAUGCUGUGGAAAUGUUGGCCAGCUAUGGGCUGGCAUACUCCCUGAUGAAGUUCUUCACGGGUCCGAUGAGUGACUUCAAAAAUGUAGGUCUGGUGUUUGUGAACAGCAAGAGAGACAGGACCAAAGCAGUUUUGUGCAUGGUUGUGGCUGGCGCUGUAGCUGCUGUAUUUCAUACUUUAAUAGCAUAUAGUGAUUUGGGGUAUUACAUUAUUAAUAAGCUGCACCAUGUGGAUGAAUCAGUGGGAAGUAAAACUCGGAGGGCCUUCCUUUAUCUUGCUGCCUUCCCUUUUAUGGACGCCAUGGCAUGGACCCAUGCUGGGAUUCUGCUGAAACACAAGUACAGUUUCCUGGUGGGAUGUGCCUCCAUCUCAGAUGUCAUAGCUCAGGUUGUUUUUGUAGCCAUUUUGCUUCACAGUCACUUGGAGUGCAGGGAGCCUCUCUUGAUCCCAAUCUUGUCCUUAUACAUGGGAGCACUUGUCCGGUGUACCACGCUCUGCCUCGGAUACUACAGGAACAUACAUGAUGUUAUUCCUGACAGAAGUGGGCCUGAAAUGGGGGGAGAAGCUACAAUAAGGAAGAUGCUGAGUUUCUGGUGGCCUUUGGCAUUAAUUUUGGCAACUCAGCGAAUAAGUAGGCCCAUUGUCAACCUUUUUGUCUCCCGGGACCUAGGUGGCAGUUCUGCAGCCACAGAGGCAGUGGCGAUUUUGACAGCUACAUAUCCAGUAGGACACAUGCCCUAUGGCUGGCUAACAGAGAUCAGAGCUGUAUACCCUGCUUUUGACAAGAAUAACCCCAGCAAUAAACUGGUGAACACCAACAGCACCGUCACAGCGACACAUAUCAAGAAGUUCACUUUUGUUUGCAUGGCGUUGUCCUUAACGCUCUGUUUUGUGAUGUUUUGGACACCAAACGUGUCAGAGAAGAUUUUAGUUGACAUAAUUGGAGUAGACUUCGCUUUCGCAGAGCUGUGUGUUGUUCCUUUGCGGAUCUUCUCCUUUUUUCCACUUCCAGUGACUGUCAGAGCACACUUGACUGGUUGGCUGAUGACUCUGAAGAAGACAUUUGUGUUGGCACCCAGCUCAGUGCUGCGGAUUAUCGUCCUCAUCACCAGUCUCAUCGUACUGCCUUACUUAGGAGUUCAUGGAGCCACUCUUGGGGUAGGAUCCCUUCUCGCUGGUUUUGUAGGAGAAUCCACCAUGGUUGCCAUAGCAGCCUGUUACGUCUAUAGGAAACAGAAAAAGAAGAGGAAUGAGAAUGAGACAGCUGCAGAAGGCGAAGACUCUGCAAUGACCGACAUGCCUCACACAGAGGAAAUGACAGACAUCGUAGAAAUGAGAGAAGAGAAUGAAUAAUAAAUGGGAUGCAAUUGUUCUCUGCAGGGACGAUUGGAGUGACGCUUCAGCAUCUUGUCGUCUCUCAUACUUUUUUGUUUGUUCGUUUUUAUUUUUGUAAUAAAGAGGCCUUGAUUUAAAAGGUUUCAGAUAAAUUCUCUAGCAUACUGAGUAUGCUCUCACUGAUGAGGGACCUAAAAAGAGGUCUUUGCUUUUUUUUUUUCCCCAAUUGAAUUUUUUUUUCUCACUCCAUGCAAGCGUAAAAGAUACAAUUGCAUCACUGUAGAGUCUUCCUUACUUAUGCAUCCACCUUCUCUGGACAAUCUGCAUUUGUCAACCAAAGCCCUGCUCCUGUGCGCCUGUGUGUGUGCGGACCUACGCUCGCACACGCACACCGCCACGUGCCACUGGCUCAGUGCUACUGCCAUAACCCCACUCCCUGCCCUCUCUCCUUUUCCUUCCUUUUCUUUAUGAGAAAUGGAAAAGAAGUUUGGAAUACAGAGCUUUAUUUUACUUGCUUGAAAAUGACUUUGCUACAUAAACUAAUAUACUAUGGUGAACUAUA